GGUACUUCCGGUUGGUUUGCAACCAUGGCCAAAACUUAUGAUUUCUUAUUUAAAUUGUUACUUAUCGGUGACUCUGGUGUUGGAAAGACAUGCGUUUUGUUUAGAUUCUCCGAAGAUGCAUUCAACUCAACAUUUAUAUCAACAAUAGGAAUAGAUUUUAAGAUUAGAACAAUAGAAUUAGAUGGCAAGAAGAUAAAACUACAAAUAUGGGAUACUGCUGGACAAGAGAGGUUCCGUACUAUAACCACUGCCUACUACCGAGGAGCCAUGGGUAUCAUGCUAGUCUAUGACAUUACUAAUGAGAAAUCUUUUGAAAACAUCAAGAAUUGGAUCAGGAACAUUGAAGAGCAUGCGUCGUCUGACGUUGAACGGAUGAUCCUCGGCAACAAGUGUGACUGUGACGACAGACGGGGCGUCUCAAGGCAACGAGGAGAGCAGUUGGCAGUCGAAUAUGGCGUGAAAUUCAUGGAGACGUCGGCUAAAGCUGGAAUCAACGUAGAGCAAGCAUUCUUUACCCUAGCCCGGGAUAUCAAGGCCAAGAUGGAAAACAAACUUGCGUCGCAUCCGAGCAAAGGAGGCGGCACGCAGCUAAAGAAGAACGAACCGCAGAAAAAAAGCUCCACCUGGAAGUGCCAGCUGCUGUGAGCGCCCCCUGCUGGACAGCUACGACCGCAGGUUGCAUGUGCACGUGCACUUGUUUUUUACGAACGUCGUGAUUUGUUGCUAGUGUCGCGAGGACAGGGGUGGCAGUAACAAACCGUUCUACAAUUUGAUCUGUGGUUUGAGUGUCGGGGAUGAGUGGACGAUGUUUGGUUCACCUUGAGACUUAGCCGAGCUCCAUCGCGUAUUGUGUGUUGCAUCACUUCACAGACAGUGUAGCGUGGAAGUGGAAGAAAGCAUUGGUGACACGUCAAUAAUACUUCACUGGUAUUGACACGUGUGAUUAUUCAAACUUGACCAUUGAUCCUUAUGCCAGACCAGUACGUGAUCCAUUGAAUUAGUAUUGUAAAAUUAAAACUGAUUGCGAUUUGGUUUGUUAGAUUUGACAAGGACGCAUUCAUCUGCUGAUUGGAUCUUCUUUCGAUUCCAUGUGUUCUUACAUGUCAACUGCCAUCUCCUUGAUUCACUGCCGGCUUUGAAAUGUUGCUACACUUUCCCAUCACAGCAAAUUCUCACGAUAUAGUCACAAUACACCAAUUUAGCUUCCAGCGACUUGCGCUGAAAAUGGGAGAGUCAUGGUUUUUCGAUGGCUAAAGUGUUGGUGCGUGGAAUUUGAUCGUCGGAUUAUUUAUCUCAAGUUGUCACGUUCGUCAUUGUUAGUUUUGCAAGUACAAUGCUUCAGGUUAGAAGUGGUUGUCUUGCGCGUAUGCCUAGCACAACUUAGGUAUGUAUUGACAAGCAGUGUUGCCGGGGCCAUGGACGAAUUUCUGUUUGGUAAUAACCACACGUAAUGUACUGGUGAAUGCAACCGUCAAUCCUGGAGCUUUCACUCUCAGUGUGCUCAGAACAGCAGGGUACAAUUUUGAACGGAGAUUGAAUUCCCCAACCUCUAUCUUGUCGUUGGUGUCAUCACCUUCACCCAACCGCUCGACCGCAGCAUUGCAAACUCUGCUAAAUGAUUUCCCAUUGGUCGCUGUUUGCUGUGGAUGAUUUCAGCUAUGAUGCAGCCACCGUCGAGAGAACAGUGGCUGGAGUGCACGAGCAUAUGUUGAAUAAACUGCUGGGUGAACCGGUUGGUGCUCUCUCGAAAUUGGGCGAAAAUUCUGUGAAGGUUGCCGGAUAGGUCAUGGGAUUUGGAUUAUGAUUAAGAUACGGGGGCAAGAUUCGAGUAUUAAAUAACGUGUGUUUGGGUUCUGGCUCAUGCCUUUUGAAGUUUUCGCAUUUGCGAUGCGGAGAGUGUAACGUCAAUGUGAUGACGUCAUCUCGGAGAUCGUUAGGGUCGAUUUUAGCUUGUAGCGAAGGCUUAUGCAAAUAGGCAUCGAGAGGUGCACGCUGACAAUUAUGUGAGGAGCUUUGUUGAAAGGUAUUUCGAUUGAAGCCGGCAGAUUUGGGUUGCAGUAAAUGUAUCGCAAUUUACAUUCUAAAAUGAAACGUGGCAAUGUGAGCGGUCAGUCACUGGUCGUGGCAUCCCGUUUUACACAAUUUUGUAAAUUCGCAUGUGUUUGGAUGACAGCGUAGUUCAAAAGCACGACCCGUGAGAAGUUAAUCAAAGCCUGAUCCACUAAUCAAAGCCUGAUCCGCGACAAUCUCUCGUUAAAGCAAUGCUGGGUAGUACGGUCGCAAACAUUUGGCAAUGGUCCAAUAUGUAAAUACGAGGGUUGUAUGAUUGCGGGCAGAACGCGGCUUUAUAAAACCGACAGGCUUGUGUAAAUAUGAACGUGUAUUGCAGAACAUUUUAUUAUUGCUUAUUUAAUACCAUAUAAAUUGUAGAGUACAGUCUUCUCGUGAGAUUGCAGCUCGGGCGUGUCCAUUACGAUUGCUCUAAUGUCACAAUCUCUCGCAAUUUACAUCUAUAUAUUUCAAUCUUUGUCCUUGA